AUGAGUCCAGAUAAUAAAGGAAUAAAAGUGACCAAUUGGGCUGGUGUAGCUAAUGCACCUUUCCCAGCUGAGGGGGCGGGUAAUCAAACUUUUAGCAACUUACAAUUGAUAAGUAUAGUUGCUGGGUUUUUUGUACUCAAUUCGAAGUUUGCCACACCAUGGAACAAUAAAGUCCAGCAUCCAAAUCGAAAACUCGAAGAAUAUAUUAUCAUCAAAGAUCCCACGUUAGCCGGCUAUCAAGGUCGAAACAAAAUUCCGAUGGAAAUUUUCUUUGAGAAUUAUUUUGAUGGUAAAAUAGAUCUUAAUGGAGAUGCAUUAGAAAUUAUGGAAGCACGACACGAUUGGGCGUCAUUUGAAUUUGGAUUCGGCCAACUGAAAUUCUUUUUAACGCAAUGGAUUCCCGAAACUAUCUGGCAUUCAAAGAAACAAGAUGAAGAUCAAGUGAGAGAUCAUUAUGAUCGUGGUGAUGAUUUCUAUGAGGCGUUUUUAGGACCACGUAUGAUUUAUACAGCGGGAAUUGUUUCUGAUCCGGCGAGAUGUGAAACACUUGAGGAGCUACAAGAUAAUAAACUUCGUUUGGUUUGUGAAAAGGUUCAUUUGAAGAAGGGAGAUCGAUUAUUGGAUAUUGGAUGUGGAUGGGGAACUUUGGUUGCUCACGCGGCAAAGAAUUUUGAUGUUGAUGCCACCGGUGUUACCCUUGGUAUCAAGCAAACCGCAUACGCAAAUAAUCGUAUUAAAGAGUAUGGUGUUAAAAAUCCAGAACAAGCGAGAGUUUUGUGUUUAGAUUAUCGUGAUAUUCCAGCUCAACCAAAAUACGAUAAAAUCACGUGCCUUGAAAUGGCAGAACAUGUAGGGGUAAGAUUAUUUCAUUCCUUCUUAUUGCAAGUUAGGGAUUUAAUGGAGGAUGAUGGUCUUUUCUUUUUACAAAUUGCUGGACUUCGUCGCACAUGGCAAUAUGAAGAUUUCAUAUGGGGUUUAUUCAUGGCAAAAUAUAUCUUUCCCGGCGCUGAUGCAUCGUGUCCAUUGUAUUGGGUGAUCAAUCAAUUGGAAACGGCCGGUUUCGAAGUUCAAGAUGUCGAUACUAUUGGGGUUCAUUAUUCGGCGACUAUUUGGCGCUGGUAUCAAAACUGGUUGAAGAACAGAGACACCAUAACUGCAAAAUAUGGAAAGAGGUGA